AUGAUUCAAGCCCCUCAGAUCCAGAAUUGGUCGAAAACCCCCCGUCUUCUUGGGCACGAGAAAAUAACGGGAGUAAUAACCCCUGGGUUGCAGCAGCGGAUCUACCGCCUCGAUGGCACCCUUGGUCAGGAGGGCGGAGAGCUCCUGAUCCAAGAUAAAGGCUUUUGCCGGGUCCGAGAACAAAGUAACCUUGACCCGGCCCGACAAGUGCGGCCGGCGUCGGAAUUGCAGACGGUAUCCGUGGGUCAAUGUGGCAACCACCCACGGAUCCCGAGCUCGAGCAGCCCAACACUCGAGCUGCUGAUGGGAAAAAUGUCCGACGCUCGGCCCUGA